UACCAACAAAGGCUAGAAUAUCUAUACUACAGGUACUGUACACAGGUGUAGAUUUCACAGCGUCAGUAGUCACUGACAGGAACUACAGUUUACGAACCUUCCGAGUCCGGCGAACCAUGAAUGGAACGAUGGGUGAAGCGGAUAGCUAUCUGGAAGUCAAGAAGUUAGCAGAUGAUAUCAUGGCCAAAAUUAAAUGUCGACCUGUGGUCGGAAUCGUCUGUGGAUCAGGGCUAGGAGAACUGGCCAAUAUGGUACAGGACGAUGAAACCAUGGCUUAUGAGGAAAUACCUGGAUUUCCUGUCAGCACAGUGGCCGGCCAUGCAGGAAAGUUGGUAUUUGGACAGCUCGGAGGAAAGUCCGUGGUCCUGAUGAAGGGACGUGUACAUUUCUAUGAAGGGAUUUCAAUACAAAAGACUGCCCUGCCUAUAAGAGUUAUGAAGCUGAUGGGCGUGAGGACUCUCUUUGUGACUAACGCUGCUGGGGGUCUGAACCAGUCGUAUGAGAUAGGCGACCUCAUGAUCAUAAAGGACCACGUCAACAUGCCAGGAUUUGCUGGAAUGAACCCUCUACGGGGACAAAAUGAUGAAAGAUUUGGUCCCCGUUUCCCGCCAAUCUCAAAAGCAUACACCAAGCGUCUGCGUGACCAUGCCAAGCAUACAGCCAAGACGCUUGGAUUUGAAGGUUUCGCCAUCCACGAAGGAGUGUACUGUAUGCUUGCUGGACCCUCCUACGAGACAGUCACAGAGUGCAAAUUUCUUAAUAACAUUGGUGUCGAUGUCGUAGGUAUGAGCACGUGCCCUGAAGUGAUUGUAGCAGUUCAUUGUGAAAUGGAGGUGUUUGGAAUGUCUCUGGUUACCAACAAAGCCGUGAUGGAGUAUGAUGUAGAACAGGUCGCAAACCACAAGGAAGUUUUAGAAGCCGGAGUCUUACGAAGUAAAGACGUACAGAAACUUGUCGCUGCCAUGCUGGAAACUCUAGAAAUAUAAUCUCAAAUUAAUAUGUAUGAAUAUUCAUUAGUUUGUACACACAAGUUGAUGACGUCUCAAUAUCCUCUGUUAUCUUCAUUUAAACUCUGUUCCUGGUUGGAACAAAGAUGGCGGCGAAGCCAUAAAGAACAAACCAUAUACUAAGUUUGAAACUGAAUGUUUAUAUAUAAACGACUGACGUAAUAGUAUGGACGUUUACGUGUGAACAACAAACGGAUACAUACGUAAUGUAAGAAACACGUGUAACAGCAGAUAGCUGUACUGGAAGUAAAGAGUGACAUGUUGGUAAUAAAAAUGAAUAAGUA